CUGGAUCUGCGGUAGCCACGGGGUAGUUUCUCUUUCUCUCUUACCUAUCUAAUGUCCGUGCUGGAAGGCGACGGUUCCGAGUUUUCUAGAUUUGGGAGACUUCAAAAGCGGUAGUCCUCAUGCUGGGAUGGCAGAAGAUAACCCUGAUGCUAAGAGCCCCAAGACUGGGGCAAGGCCCCAAGGUGGUGCUGAGGCUGGGGAACCUACCACCCUUCUCCAGAGGCUCCGAGGUACCAUUUCCAAGGCCGUGCAGAACAAAGUAGAGGGGAUUCUGCAAGAAGUACAGAAGUUCUCAGACAACGACAAGCUGUACCUCUACCUGCAGCUUCCUUCAGGGCCCAGCACUGGAGAUAAGAGCUCGGAGCCGAGUAUACUGAGCAAUGAGGAGUACAUGUACGCCUACAGGUGGAUCCGCAACCACCUGGAAGAGCACAUGGACACCUGUCUGCCAAAGCAGAGCGUCUAUGAUGCCUAUCGAAAGUACUGCGAGAGCCUUGCCUGUUGCCGCCCACUCAGCACAGCGAACUUUGGUAAAAUCAUCAGAGAGAUCUUCCCUGACAUCAAGGCCCGGAGACUUGGUGGUCGGGGCCAGUCCAAAUAUUGCUACAGUGGCAUACGAAGGAAGACCUUGGUAUCUAUGCCGCCAUUGCCUGGGCUUGACUUGAAGGGAUCUGAGAGUCCAGAAAUGGGCCCAGAGGUGAGCCCAGCGCCGAGGGAUGAGCUGGUGGAAGCGGCCUGCGCCCUGACUUGUGACUGGGCGGAGCGGAUCUUGAAGCGGUCCUUCAGUUCCAUCGUUCAGGUGGCCCGGUACCUCCUGCAGCAGCACCUCAUCUCAGCCCGGUCGGCACAUGCUCACGUUCUCAAGGCAGGGGGGCUUGCCGAAGAGGAAGAAAGAGGCCCUCGAGAACGGUCAUCAUGUAAGUCCAAGAAUGGUGUAGAGAACCUGGAAGGUGGAGGACCUAAGAAACCAGAGAGACCAGCGCAGCCUCCUAAAGAGCUAGAAGCCCGAGCUGGGACUGACUCUCCAGGGCGUUCAGAACGGAAGAAGAGUGUAAUUGACAGCUCAGUUCCAGCAGCCAGUAAGCCACAAGUUAAUGCCCUUGUGGCUCGACUGCCUGUGCUCCUUCCAAGAGCACCACGAUCACUUAUCACACCCAUUUCAGGCACUCUGAAAGUAGCCACGCUGCCUCUGCCGACCAGGGUAGGAGGACCCCAGGCUGCUGUACCCAUCAUUAACAUGAUCUUACCACCUGUUCCUACUCUGUCAGGGCCUGGGCCUGGGCCUGGCCUUGGGCCUAGGUUUGGGCCAGGGCCUGGGUCAGGGUCAGGGCCUGGGCUUGGGGCUGGGCCUGGGCCUGGACCAGGACCUGGGCUUGGAGCGGGGCCUGGGCUUGGGCCUGGGCUUGGGGCUGGGGUCGGGCCAGGGCCUGGGCUUGGAGCUGGGCCUGGGCAAAGGCCUGGGCUUAGGGCUGGGGUCGGGCCUGGGCCUGGGCUUGGGGCUGGGCUAGGGCUUGGGCCUGGGCGAGUUCCACCUAGAGCACCCAUUCUGCCUCGAGGUACAGAGAGCAGGGAGGUAGGCAUAAGUGGUGACCCAAGACCGCAUGACAAGGGUGUUAAAAGGACAGCUGAAGUGCCUCUGAGUGAAGCCAGUGGGCAGGACCCACCAGUUAAAGAAAUGAAGCACGAAACAGAGGAUACAGUAAGUGAAGCGAAAAGGAAGCGGGGACGCCCUCGAAAAAAAACAGGGGGGAGUGGGGAGAGAAACGCCACUCCUGAGAAGUCUGCGGCUGCUGUGAACUCCCCCCGAUCCCCAAGGUUACUCUGGGAAACAUGGGGCUCAAAACGAGAAAACAACUUAGUUGGGAGACCAGAAAGACCAGGGGCAGUGGGUGAAGCUCAGCGGGAAACAGUGCUUGCUCAAGGUCAGGAAGAUGGUGCUGUUUCCAAAGGAGAAAAGAGCUUGAGUUCCCAGGAAGCCAAAGAAGCAGAAGAUAAAAUUCCUCCUGUCACCUCAAAAGUGAGUGUUAUCAAGGGCAGAAUUCAAAAGGAGGCUCUUCAGUUGGUAAAGGGAGAGGCUGAUGCUGCAACACAGGGCAACAAAGGGUUAAAGGGCCGUGUACUUCAAAGUUCCCUAACCCAUGAGCAUAAAGACCCCAAAGCAACACCCCCAUGAUAGACAGGUCUGUCAGGGAAGCGUGGCCAUGUUCAUGUGAGCUCUGCCUGCCUGCCUGGUAGAGGCCCUUCACUGCGCCCGCCUCUCACCCAGCUAGUCUUUCCCCAGGGAGCCCACUGGCCUGGCUUGCAUCGUGCCUCGUGGCUGCUUCAGGCCUUUCUAGCUCUGUACUGUGGCUUUAAUACAAACAGUAAAUCUGUAAUGACUUCCCACCUAUAUCCCUAUGCUCUCCUGGGGGGAUGGGGUAAGUAUGAAUGUAGCUUAGGGAUAUUCUGGCUUCUAAUCAUAGGGAACUUAAAACUCACUAAAGAUAAAAGCAGUUUAUCAGCUGAUGACGUUGCAGAGUCCAGAGGCAGUCCUGGCUCCAGGUGAGGCUUGAUCUGAUUGCAUACUCUGUUCUUCUGCUUCACAUAAUGUAAAAUCACCCUUAGUUUGGACCACUUCACAGCUGCCAACACUCCUAGGCUUCCGUUUGACCAUUGUAUCUAAGCAGAAAGAAAGGGUAUCAUUGUGCCAGAAAUCCUAGCAAAAGCCCAAAGAUUUACCAUGUUUAACCAGCCUAGGUCAGGUCCACUCUUGACCGACUAGUGUGGCCAGGAAGAUGUUUAUGCAGUGUGUCUCUAGACAUGGACCACCUUUAGGAAAAGGGUGCAGUCAGCCUUCUCACAAUCCCAGGUUCCCCAGAUGGAGACUUGGGUGGAGGACGGAGGAGGUGCUGGGGAGCAGCGACCAACUACUCGGUGUGCGUUAGCUUGCUGAGCUGGGGUGAGCUGGACUUCUGCCUUUCCCCUGAACCUUGCCUCUCCCUCAGUACAGCUGUAACUUCUUAUCUCACUGUGGUCUGGGAAGGACAGAGAAGGAAGCCAUUCUCUUUAGUCUCUUAAUUCUUACAGGACCUCUGUCUCCUAGAACAAGCUCCUUUUAGGGUCUGAAUCUUAUUUUCUCUGAAGCCCUGUUUCCUACCUCCCAAUCUAGUGCCACCUUCUCAGAGGACAUGAUCACCCCACCCUACCCCGUCAUUUCCUUACAUUCAUUCUACAUCCAUCAGAUGUCAUGCUCUUGUCAUACGUGUGUCAGGACCUAGCCAGGACUGUGGGUUAGGCUGGACUAGCAGAGGAGGUGACGCUGAUGCUGCAAGUCAGGGAGCACCAACAGGAAGGAUGCAGAUGCCCCAGAAGUAUCCUUGGGAACAGCAGAAACCAGCCUAUGUCAUUCGAGGACCUACCCUGUCCUCCCCACAGGAUGGAUAGCUUCGUGUCAGGGAGUCUUGGUUUUAGUCCCAAGAAAUAGAUUUUCUUUCAGGGAGAUAUCACCCAUUUGUCCAUUUAUUUCCAUGAGAGCAGAUUUUUUAAAAAAUAUUUGAUAUCUAUAAAGAAGUAUGUACUAUAAAUUAUGAAAUGCAAUGCGUACCUAUGACCCAUCAUCCAAUUUAUACAUUAAAAAUACUAUUAGAUUUUUGUCCCCUUGCCCAGCCUCUUCCUAGAGGUAGCCACUGUCUUUAAUUUUAUGCUCAUUAAUCACUUGUUUAUAUAUAUUGGCCAUGUGUGUAUAUAUUCUUUAAGAAUGUAUUAUUUUGUAUUGCUUGUACUUUUAGCUUUACAAAAAUGUUGUACUCUGUUCCUUGAGGUUUGCUUUUUUGCACUUAACCAUUGUUUGUAAGACUCCUCUACGUUGUGAUUGCUAUAACUUGUUCAUUUCCAUCUGUAUAAUACUCCACCAAGCAGACAAAACAACUUAGGUAGCCACUCACCUGCUGAAUAACAUUUGGGCUGUUUGCAGGUUUCUGUUCUUAUACACAAUGCUGCUAUGAACAUUCUUGUAUAUGAGUGCCUUUGUUUUUAGUAAGAUUUCUAAAGAGGUUUCUAAGAUGGUCCUGAAUGGUCCUUUUGGUCUGCGUACCUCUGAGCGGGGGACUGUUGCCUCUUGUCUUACUUUAUGGAAGAGUUUACAUCACAUAGAAAUGAACUGUUCUUGAAUGUUUGAUAAAAACUCACCUAUAAAG